GCGGCAGAGAAAUGACCUGUCCAGACAAGCCGGGGCAGCUCAUAAACUGGUUUGUCUGCUCCCUGUGCGCCCCACGAGUGUGUAAACUUUGGAGUAGUCGGCGUCCCAGGACCAGACGGAACCUCCUGCUGGGCACUGCCUGUGCCAUCUACCUGGGCUUUCUGGUGAGCCAGGUGGGCAGAGGUUCCUUUCAGCAUGGGCAGGCGACUGACAGGGGAUCACCCGACGGCCACGACAUCUUCAAGGUACCCUUCCCGGAGAUCCCCCUGGAUGGUACCCUGGCCCCUCCCGAGUCGCAGGGCAAUGGAAGCACCUUGCAGCCCAACGUGGUGUACAUUACUCUACGCUCCAAGCGCAGCAAGCCUGCGAAUAUCCGUGGCACGGUGAAACCCAAGCGCAGGAAGAAGUACGCGGUGGCAUCUGCAGCCCCUGAUCAGGAGGUGCUGGUUAGACCAUCCCUUAUACAGCAGGAAGUUGCACGGGCAGCAGAUGUUGAAGUACCUGGCUAUGUUCAGGGUUACCUGACCAAGGUUGGUGAACGACCCUGGAGGGUGCUGCGUGGUCCUGGAGUCAGAACUAGAGGAUCAAACUGGCAGCAGCCUGGGGCCCAAGGGAGCAACAUUCGGAUUUAUAGCGAGAGCGCCCCCUCGUGGCUGAGCAAAGAAGACAUCCGCAGAAUGCGCCUCUUGGCUGAUGGUGAGGUGGUUAGCAUCCUACCAGCGAUCUCUAAGAGUGGUACCCGCUUGCUGGUGUUGGAAGGGAGCAUCUCGGGACCUGGCUGCGGGUCUGGCCCCUGUGGGCUUCUCAAGCAGCCUCUGGACAUGAGUGAAGUGUUCGCCUUCCACCUGGACAGGAUCCUGGGUCUCAAUAGGACCCUGCCAUCUGUGAGCAGGAAAUUAGAGUUCAUUCAAGAUGGCCGACCUCGCCCUAUCAUUCUCUGGGACUCAUCUUUAGCAUCUGCAAGCAAUGACAGUCAUUCCUCUGUUAAGGUCACCUGGGGAACUUAUCAGCGGUCGCUAAAGCAGAAGUGCUGGCUGAAUGGCCGGGUUCCCAGACCGGAGUGGGACUGCACUGAAGUCCAUCACCAUGAGUGGUCCAAGAUGGCUCUCUUUGAUUUUUUGUUACAGAUUUAUAAUCGCUUGGAUACAAAUUGCUGCGGAUUCAGACCUCGCAAGGAAGAUGCCUGUAUACAGAAUGGACUGGGUCCAAACUGUGAGGACCAAAAUUCUGUGACUUUAGCACACAUUAUCCAGAGGAAGAAUGACCCAAGGCAUUUGGUCUUCAUAAACAAUAAGGGCUUCUUUGAUAGAAGCGAAGAUAACUUAAACUUCAAGUUGUUAGAAGGCAUCCGAGAGUUUCCUGAAUCUGCAGUUUCUGUUUUGAAGAGCCAACACUUAAGGCAGAAGCUCCUUCAGUCCCUGUUCCUUGAUCAGGUUUAUUGGGAAAGUCAAGGAGGCAGACAAGGCAUUGAGAAGCUUAUCGACGUAAUAGAGCGGAGAGCCAGAAUCCUUAUCACCUACAUCAACGCACACGGGGUUAGAGUAUUACCUAUGAAUGAAUGACAAAUGGCUUUCUGCCUCGAGGGCUAUACAUGUGUCACAUUUGGUUUUUCUUAAAUAAAAGGUAUCAACCUUAAGUGUUUCUAGAAAUGAGGCAGCACAGUUGAAUACAUGAAACUGACGCAGUUUAUAUCAUUAACUGAGUUUAAAAAGUUUGUAGCAUUUAGAGGUAUGCAGAUUGAAGAAGUUUCAGAAUAACAUAUUGCUUGCAGAAUGCCUGUUGAUAGUUUUUCCUAAGACUCUGGUAUGUUUGUCUCAGCAAUGUUAUUGUGUAAUGACCCAAAUGAUUAUUCCUACUGAUGUUUAAACUAUUUUUAUGUCAUUUGAUGGAACAGUAUAAACCAGAGACACUGGUUCUUCUAAUAAAUCAUUCCCAUGCCAUUUGACUGAUCUGACCAGCUGCUUGCAAUGAGUUGAUCGGCAUUCUCUCGUUGCUGAUGGUUACAACAGCUUUUCCAACACGAUCCAGAGGCAAUUCUACAUCAUGAAAUUGAGGCGUCUGAUCUGCAAAUGCAGCAGUCUUGAAACACCUUCUAAGUAGACAUGGUAGUAGAUUUAUUACAAACAACCAGUAUAUUUUCUAGAGUCUAAGAUAAUCAGCUACCUCUGAACAACAAAAUUCUCCUAUCCUUCCCUUUUUAAGAAAUUUAUUGACAGCAUAGACAUUUCCAUAUAUGACAACUGAUGUAUAUGUUCAAUUUGCUGUCUUAAUUUUGAUCCAAUUUGUGUCUUGUGGUUAGAAAACUAAAAAGUUAUGAGGCAUGUUGCUACCUGUUUGAAAAUUUACUUGUAGAAUCUCUUAAUGUUCUUAUUGAUUGAUUGAUUGGCUUAAAAAAAAAAAGUUAAGGUUUCAUAUAGUCCAGGCUGGCUUUGAACUCCUUAUGCAUCAGAGGAUGACCUUGGUCUUCUGAUGCUCUGUCCCAAGCGCUGGGAUUACAGACAGUAUAUGACACCAUGCCCCACAGUGCUCGGAUCAAACUUGGGUCUUCUGUCAUGCUAGAGAGUCACUGUAUGACUAAGCCCAUAACCCCAGCCCACUUUUAAUGAAUAGUUAACAAUUUGUCAUUUUAUAAAGGAUAUACUGUAAUUUCUGAAGGUUUUUUUUUUAAUCAUAGAGGACUUCUGAUUUAACUGAUAUUAUCUAGGUACAGACGAUAAGUUCAGAUAUUAAAUAUAUUAUGUAGAUUAGUUCAAUACAAGAAGUCUUAAUGAAACCCAACACUCAUGACUGUAUCUUCUCACAAAGAACACAUGGAUAGAGAGCAUAUGGCAACUAAUUAGGCAAAAUUAAGUCUCAACUAAUUCUUCCCCCAAAUCCAUCUACCAAAUCUUUCAUCAGCUUGGAGGAACUAAGGCACACGAAGUUCAUGCUCCGAGUCUUUCUGUCCUGGGAGAAUUUGCCAGGCCAUCACUUAUCCUUCUUAGAUGGAGCCUUUGAAUCUAGAGCAAAUUCUGUCUCUCUUGCUUUCAGCUCUAUGACCCCUUAUUUGCAAGGCCAUUGAUUAGCCAGGUACAGUGAUACAGACCUGAACUCUUAGCACCCAGGAAGCCGUGGAAGGUUUGCAAGGCUGAGGUCAGUCUGGUCUUAGGGAUGUCCUGUCUGAAAUGUGCCCCUCCCUUCAUAAAACCUGAUUUACUGACUUUUUCUUCUUUUAGAAACUUAAAAAAAAAAGUUACACAUUUUUUUCAUAUUUCUCAUCUCCUUGUUUUCAGUUUUGUUCUUAAUGCACACGUUUUCCAUCUUCUGAUGAAGUAUAACUUGAUAUUGAUGUGAACUUUUAAAAACAUAGCAAUAUAGGCUACAUCAUAGGAAAAAAUACCUGUGUAGAUUAUAAUUGAUAUAAACACACUAACUUGUCUAAAUAGUAAGUCAAAGUGUUAAGUAUAAGAGAAGACAGACGGGGCUGGAGAGAUGGCUCAGCGGUUAAGAGCACUGACUGCUCUUCCGAAGGUCCUGAAUUCAAUU